GCCCCACCAAUCGCCCCAUGCCUUUGAUAGUGCACGGGCUUGUAAGAGAAGUCAACAUGAGCACCGCUCUUGGCUCCAAGUAAUAACGUUCAAGAUUCUCUAGCUCAAUUGUUGGUACCAAUGGUGGCGCCUUCUGGAGAUAAGCCUCUUAUUCUGUGAAUUGGUGGUGUGCAUGGCGCCCAAGCAGGCUGCUCCACCGGGUGGGGCCCCACAGCCGGGCCCCUCGAGAGCUGAGCGGGACAAAAUGCGCGAACAGGCAAGGAAGCUUGACAUACACAACUUGGUGGAGAAACGUGGCGGGCUGGAGCUGAACCUAUAUGACACGGGGGCCAACUAUCAGAUGCUGCACAUCUUCCAUCGGAGAAACUUGCACCGCCUGCUGCGGGAGCUGCUCCUGGUGCACCAGUGGGAGGCGGCCGCAGGAGUGGUGGCGGUUCUGCUGACGGCGCACCCAGGGGUUGGGGAACGGGAGCAGGGAAUCAGCUGCCGCGAGCUCAAGUACCUGCCAGAGUAUCGGUUGUGGUGUCAAUAGGGGGUGCAUCGAUUGGCGCCGG